GAGAGCGAAGAUGGCAUCGAGGGUGAUGCUGUUCUCUCGGAUUAUGAAAGUGCAGAAGACUCGGAGGGUGAAGAAGGGGAGUACAGUGAAGAAGAAAAUUCCAAAGUGGAGCUGAAAUCAGAAGCUAAUGAUGCUGCUAAUUCUUCAGUGAAAGAAGAGAAAGGAGAAGAAAAACCCGACACCAAAGGCACUGUAACUGGAGAGAGGCAGAGUGGGGAUGGACAGGAGAGCACAGAGCCUGUAGAGAAUAAAGUGGGCAAAAAGGGCCCUAAGCAUUUGGAUGAUGAUGAAGACCGGAAGAAUCCAGCAUACAUACCCCGGAAAGGGCUUUUCUUUGAGCAUGAUCUUCGAGGGCAAACUCAGGACGAGGAAGUCAGGCCCAAGGGGCGCCAGCGAAAACUGUGGAAGGAUGAGGGUCGCUGGGAACAUGACAAGUUCCGGGAGGAUGAGCAGGCCCCAAAGUCUCGACAGGAGCUCAUUGCUCUUUAUGGCUAUGACAUCCGUUCAGCUCAUAAUCCUGAUGAUAUCAAACCCCGAAGAAUCCGGAAACCCCGAUUUGGGAGUCCUCCACAAAGAGAUCCAAACUGGAUUGGUGAGCGGCCAAAUAAGUCCCAUCGCCACCAGGGUACUGGGGGCACCCUCCCACCAAGGACAUUUAUUAACAGGAAUGCUGCAGGUACUGGCCGCAUGUCUACACCUAGGAAUUACCCUCGAUCCGGGGGCUUCAAGGAAGGUCGUGCUGGUUUUAGGCCUGUGGAGGCUGGUGGGCAGCAUGGUGGCCGGUCUGGUGAGACUCUUAAGCAUGAGAUUAGUUACCGGUCACGGCGCCUGGAGCAGACUCCUGUGAGGGAUCCAUCUCCAGAAGUAGAUGCUUCAGUGCUCGGUGGUCCUGAGAAAGAAGAGGCAGCUUCAGAGACACCCACUACUGCUCCUGACACUGUACCACCAGCCCCUGACAGGCCCAUUGAGAAGAAGUCUUAUUCCCGGGCAAGGAGAACCCGAGCCAAAGUUGGAGAUGCAGUCAAGGUUGCAGAGGAAAUGCCCCCUCCACCAGAAGGGCUGACCCCAGCACCUCCAGUACCAGAAACUACCCCACCUCCAGCUACUAAGACUGGGAACUGGGAGGCUCCCGUUGAUUCUAGCACAGGCGGACUUGAGCAAGAUGUGGCACAACUAAAUAUAGCAGAGCAGAGUUGGAGUCCUGGGCAGCCUUCGUUCCUGCAACCACGGGAGCUUCGGGGUAUGCCCAACCACAUACACAUGGGAGCAGGACCUCCACCUCAGUUUAACCGGAUGGAAGAAAUGGGUGUCCAGGGUGGUCGAGCCAAACGCUAUUCAUCCCAGCGGCAAAGACCUGUUCCAGAACCCCCUGCCCCUCCUGUGCAUAUCAGUAUCAUGGAGGGACAUUACUAUGAUCCAUUGCAGUUCCAGGGACCAAUCUAUACCCACGGUGACAGUCCUGCCCCACUGCCUCCUCAGGGUAUGAUUGUGCAGCCAGAGAUGCAUCUUUCUCACCCAGGUUUACAUCCCCACCAGACACCUGCACCUCUGACCAAUCCAGGCCUCUAUCCCCCACCGGUGUCCAUGUCUCCAGGACAGCCGCCACCUCAGCAGUUGCUUGCUCCUACUUACUUUUCUGCUCCAGGCGUCAUGAACUUUGGUAAUCCCAGCUACCCUUAUGCUCCAGGAGCACUGCCUCCUCCACCACCUCAUCUUUAUCCUAAUACACAGGCCCCCUCACAGGUGUAUGGAGGAGUGACCUACUAUAAUCCCGCGCAGCAGCAGGUGCAGCCAAAGCCCUCCCCACCUCGGAGGACUCCCCAACCAGUCACCAUCAAGCCCCCUCCACCUGAGGUUGUAAGCAGAGGUUCCAGUUAAUAUGAGUUCCUUAAUAUUUUAAAUUAACAUCAUAAAAAAUCAGAACAGCAGAGAUGAGAACUCAGGAGAAGAGAGAAAUGCAACUGGCUGAAUACUACCAGGAGGGCUUCGAAGUAUAAGGUGACGCCUACCAGCAAGCAGCUGAAGGAAGAGGCUCUCUGUCUUGAAGACAAGUUCUCUGUUGGAAAGAGGGAGAAAGAAGUGGACUUUGUCCCACCUCUACUCUUCACUUGAGUUGGCUGUGCUCAAGGGAGCAGAGAUUCAGACAGCCCAGGCUUCUGAGUCUUGAUCCAGACAUCUUUGCUCUUUUUCACUUUGUCCUGAGAAAUUUAUGUCUUCUGCUUCCAGAGAAGCUCCUUCCUGUUUGGUUUGUUUUCUAGGAUGUUCAUUUUAAAAGCCUGGCUUGCUAUUAAUAUUCUUUUAGUCCUUCCUCCUCCUCUGUUUCUUGCUCCCUCUCGCUCUGCUUUCAAAUGAAACAAGUGUGUUCUAGUGUGCUGGCCCCUCUGGGUUUCCUUUUGCCUCUUGCCUGCAUCCCAGAUGAUUGAGAAUGUAUCAGCUAGCCUCCCCCAACCAAGUCUAAGACCUGACUUUAAAUUCUGGCUGGCUUUUGUUAUUCUCUCGUAUACUUGAUUUCUCUUAACUCCUCUAAAUUCAUGGAAGCAUAGCUGUCCACAUAGAGUAUCCUGUUGUGGAGAAAAGCUCAGUGGGUAGGAGCCCUUUUGGACAUAGGUUUUUGGGAAUCUGAGCUUCCAUAAUACUUGGACCCUGGUGGGCUUCAGUCUGCUAUUGAGGUCAGCAUCUGCUCUGGAAAGGGAUGGCAAACCAGAUGCUUUCGUGAGAAAUGGAGGGUGGAGUAAGAGCCUUUGCACCUUAGGGGUAUGUAUUCACAGCCCUCAGGAGCCCAGUCUUUGAGGUAAGUGGAAUUGGAAGGCCCUGCUUCUCUUUCCAUCCCUGCUGUCACACCUUCUUUCCAGUUGCUGUGGACCAAUGCAUCUCUGUCUAGAGGCAAAUACUAUCCAACAAGCAGCCUACCCUGUCCUUUGUGAUUGCUCGUCUCCACAUCUUUCCUGCUGCAGAUGUUUUAGAUGUUAUUACCUUAUUUUCCCCAAAUCUGCUCUGUCCUUGCAAACAGAAGAUACCACACCUGGGCUUAAGGCCUAAGGAAGCCAGUCACUUUUUGGCAAGGGCUCCUCUCUCUUUCCUCCCUAUCCUUAUGGCACUGACCACUCCCCUGCUGCUUCUGUGGAAGGAUUCCUAUUGCUGUAGCACUUGUGUUUGCCAGGGGUAAUUUGGCCACUGUCCCUGACCUCCUGUGGAACCUGGGAGAAGGUGGUGGCUUCAUCUCUCUACCAGUAAUGUUACUUUUUAUUCCUUCCCUCUGGCAGCUGGUCUGACCACUCUGAGUCACAGCUGUGGAGUGGAGACGAGGGAGAGGCACUUAGGUUAUAACCCCCAAGAGGAAAUAACUUAGAAAUUCUUCCAGGGGUAGUUGGUGGUUGUGCCUUUUGUAGGCUGUUCCCUUUGCCUUAAGCCUGAAGAUGUCUCCUCAAGCCUGUGGGCAGCAUGCCCAGAUUCCCAGACCUUAAGACACUGUGACAGUUGUCUCUGUUGGUUCACUGUGUGUUUAGUUGCAAGGAUUUCUCUGUGUGUGUUGUUAGUGUUUGUUACUGUUUUAAAGGGUACACAUUUGUGAUCAGCAUUAUGACUUAGAGGUAAUAAAAUCUAGACUAUAAACUUG